AAGGCGCCGCCAUGACGCAAGUGGAGGAGGCGCUGCGGAGGCAGCUGGGCAAGUAUAAGUUCAGAGACCUGACCAUAGAAGAGCUGAAGAAUGUUAGCAAGACCUACCCCAGCUUCACAUUCUCCAUGAACACAUACACCUUCAAGGAUGGAUCCCAGAAGGACCUCCUGAAUUUUAGUGGCACUGUUCCAGUGAAAUAUGGUAAUUCCUGUAACAAACCCAUUUGUCUGUGGAUCAUGGAUGCUCAUCCCUUUGCUCCCCCCAUUUGCUUCCUGAAGCCAACUGCAAGCAUGGGUGUUGUGGUGGGGAAACAUGUCGAUGCACAGGGUAGGAUUUAUUUGUCCUACCUGCAGAACUGGAGCCGUCCUAAAUCAACUCUCAUUGGAUUAAUCAAGGAAAUGAUUGCAAAGUUUGAGGAAGAGCUCCCUUUGUACUCACUGUCAUCUUCUGAUGCAGCCAGGCAAUCAGAACUUCUCUCCUAUAUUGCAAAGAUUACUGAAGGAGAGACUGACGUGAAAUCAAGGAGUAAAACUGGAGGCAAAAAUGAAGGAUGUUUUAACAAAAUUACUGUUGUUGGAUCUGGAGAUCUUGGCAUUGCAUGUGUACUAGCAGCAAAGGAUGUUGCAGAUAAGGUGGUUCUUUUGGAUCUCUCUGAAGGUGCAGCAAAAGGAGGGGCCAUGGAUUUGGAGAUUUUUGCUGUGCCAAAUGUGGAGAUCAGCAAAGAUUUUUCUGCUUCGCUGGUGCUUACAGUUAAUUCUCUGGGUAAUGCUCAGACUUACCUUGAUGUCAUACAAAGCAAUGUGGAUUUGUUCAGAGGAAUUAUUCCAGCAGUAUCCCGUUACUGUCAGAAUGCUGUUCUCUUUCUUCUUGUUGCCUCUCAGCCAGUUGAAGUAAUGACAUUUGUGUUGUGGAAGCUGAGCUCAUUUCCCAAAAGCAGAGUAAUUGGAGUAGGUGCCAACCUCGAUUCAGAGAGAUUUCAGUACAUGUUGACCAGCCUUUUGAAAGAAGAAGUGCUGGCAAAAGAUGCCUGGGUUGUUGGUGAACAAGGGGAAGACAAAGUACCAUCAUGGACCAGCUGUAAUGUAGUUGCAAAUCAAACAGAAGCAGUGGCUGCUCGUAACUCAAGGGAAAAGGUGGCUUACAGAGCUAUAGAAGUCUUAAAGGGAAAAGGUCAGACGUAUUGGUCUGUGGGGCUCUCAGUUGCUGAUUUGGCUGAGCUAAAAGAUAAAAGAAAGGUUCAUUCUGUAUCCACUCUAACAAAGGGGUGUUGCAGUAUAAACAGUGAAGUAUUCUUAAGUCUCCCAUGUAUUCUUGGAACCAGUGGAAUGAUUGAAAUGGUCAGACUGGAGGAAACGGACACACUGGUGCAAGAGAAGCUGCAAAGCAGUGCAGGCUCCAUUCAUGUCCUCCAGCAGCAGCUGAAACUGUAAGGAAGCACAAGGGAAGCCUCUGUGUCUGCUGACUGAAGCUGGAAAUCUGCAAGGCAGAAGAGCUUGCUUCAUAUAUAUGGAUUUCUGUAGAAAACAGGAAGCUUUGUUACUUUACUUUCCAAAAGUGCUUUCU